AUGGAACUACUUUCUACGGAAUAUGUAAUAGAAAAUACAUGGUUAAUAAAAUUGGGUGAAAAGAAAGAUAGUACCGCUACUACGGUUACCGCCACAUCCACACUGUCUCCACGGAAGACUCUUCCCAAGAGCGUUCGAGAUAUUCAAGAUGCAUCAAGAAUUACCCAAUUGCAUAAUAAUAACACAUUAUUCAACAACGGGCAAAA